AUGCCUGAAUUCAAGUCCAUCCCCGCAAGCCGUUAUGGCUGGAGCUUUUUAGCCCACGAUUUCAAAAUAGAAGAUCAGAAGAAUAAAGUGACAGUCAACACAAUCGAAGCCAUGCAGUCAGGUUCCUCCGUCACACCCGAGCAGUUCCUCACAUUCCGCGUCUAUUGGCCGCCAAGGAAGGAACUGAAGCGUCUCACUGGUCGAGGUGCACCAAAUCCAGCGAUCACGAAAGAGAAUCUCGAGGAUAUGGAGAAGAUCUUCAAAAAGAAUAGACAGUUCAACAUGUUCUUCGAAGCUUACCUGAAGUCAAUCAAAGACAAUGGUGCUCCGUUGACUAAGCUGGGAGUAUUCCAGGGCGCCAGAAAAUGUCAAAUUGAAGUCCAGAACAAGGUCCCAGAAGGUGGAGCGCCAGGGGAAAUGUCGACCAGCGUUAGGAUGAGCCCAACACCCGGCCGAGGAACAUCAUCGGAUGCAUCUACCACAAGCCACACAGGGACAACUCGAUUAACACCAGCGGCUGAGCAGGUGUGGCAGACAUGGGAGAAAACACGCGACGAGCAAUAUGUCAAUCAGGCACUGAUGGCAUUUCUCGACGCGGUAGCCCUGAAUAUCCCCAAUAACAAGUGUACGUGGGGCAUACGACGUCUCGCAUUCAAGGUCGAGUUCAAAAAAGCUACCAUGGAGUCCCGCACAGACGGCUAUCUAUACGGACCCCAAGGGGGCGACGAAGCAUUUGCAAUAGUAGAAACCAAGGCUCAUCCCCGGAAAAGAUGGGGCAAAGGCCUCGAAAUCUACAUGCAAGAAUCCGCCGAGAUGGUCGCUUGGAUACGCAGGGAUGCGCGCGCAGGACGCAAAGUGCCCCUUGACAACCAACGCCUCCUAGUCUCGCAAGAUAGACAUGAAAUCUAUCUUACCUGGGCAUCAUAUGAUGCAUCCUAUGUCGACUACCUCGAAGACAAGGAGACAACCGACGAUCCUUUUCUGGUAAUGCAAGAGAUCGGCCCCUUCGACAUUCGAGAACACAACCACAUGAGGAAACUUGCGCUAUAUAUCGGAUGUUUCUGUCUUCAGAUCACCGACCUUAUUGAAAAAAGCCCACAAACGUAA